UGAACACCGCACCUACUUUCAACCAUGCUUAUGACACCGUGUCUGCCCCGACAGGCCAGCUGCAGCCCGAUUCUACUGGGGCGUCGCCACGCAAGCGUGGGCGCGCUCCCGAGCAGGACCUCGACCCGAAGUUAGCUGCAAAGCGUGCCAAAGCGGCCGAACGUCAACGCCGUAAGCGGGAACGGGACCGCCGUAACACCCUCGGGGCAUUCACAGGCGCUGUUCAACCUACUGCGGGUCCCUCUGCCCAGAUUCAGCAGCCAGCCCCUCCACCCGCAGAGCCGCCGCAACUCACAAAGGAAGAGGAGGAGCGUCGGGAAAAGGUUCGGGCAGCCGCGCGUGAGCGACAGCGGAAACAUCGGGCAUUGGUGAAGCAAAAGAAAAUGGCGGAGUUGGGGCUUGCGAUGGGCGAGAACGGUAUCCUACCCGAGGAAGUGCAUUACGCGCUACAACCGGACGGCCAGUAUCAACCCGUCUUACCGCCUAACGCGCAACCCGCAGACAUGGGCAAUCCCGAAAAUCAGUAUCAGCCCUCAGCGGGUGGACAGACAGGGGGUCAGACAUUCGCGUCGACGCUAUUGCUUUCAUUAUCAUGUUCCCCGCUUUUGAAGGCUCAUCUCCUACGAUCGCUCAGUAUGACCAAUGAGGAGCUUUGUUCUCUUGAGCCCAUCCUUUCAGCGGCUUGGGACCAGUGGGAUCAUGCUCGCCGACUUCAUUAUGCUGAACAGGUUGCUCAGGCGAGCCGACAACAGCAAGGUGACCAACAGCACCCAGAACAACAGCAACAGCAGACAGAGCUGCAGCAGAACGGCCCGGGUCCGAGUGCCGGUCCUCCACCGCCCCCUUCACAUCCAUUUGGCCCACCACCUAUGAGUGAUCAACAUGACCCGAACGAUUUCCGGUCGCGUUUCCAUCGACCACUUACAGCACCGUCUCCAUUCGGUACUAUUCCAAUGCCUGGUGCGGCGGCGCAGAUUGACCCUAACCUCAAUGGUGGACCAUCAUCCACUGCUUUUGCUGAGGCUGUCGCAAAGGUGGCCAUGGCGGCAAAUGGGCAGAACGUACAGGCAAACGGCCUGGUUGAUGGCGAUGCUGACGCGGAGGGCGGCUCUGGCUCCGAAGACGCCGAAGCUGACGUCUCUACCGAGAAGGACGAGCUGGAGGGGAAUAACAAAAAGGAAAGUUGAUGGAAUUCUUCUCUUUGCGGACAUAGUUUACUUUGAACUCGGAUGGACGAUGUGAUACUAAGUCUUGUUGGCACGACAAACUUCUCUUUUUCUCUCUGACUCUCUCUGCAUGAUACUGUUAUUUGCUCUGUGUCUCUCGUCGUCUGGUCUGUACUACUAAUUAUACGGCUGCCUUUUUGAGUCGUGUGUGUAUUGGUACUGUCUUUAACCUGAUAAAAGCUGUACAUAAAUUAUGUCUUUCUGUCUCAUUUAACAUAUACAUAUUUGGC